AUGUCAACCGUCGCCUACGGCGAGUACCAGAAAUACGUUGACGCGAUCGGCUGUCGACUCGUCGACGAAAUCACCGGCGGUGCCUUUACGUCUGCGAGGUCGAUCUGGUUAUCGCGACAGCCCCGUUGGCGCGAACUCGUACCCGCGGCUGUGGUGGGUGUAUUUGCACGACUGGAAAUUAUCCUGGACUUUGACGGCCUGGCGGAUCGCCGUGCAAGGGUGGGGUUGGUCGAAGGCGAGGCCGGUCCAACGAAACUGUGGCCGUUCGUGUACGAGAACGACGCCCACGGAAUGUUUCAAAACUCUUAUCCGGUGUGCUUAGCUGACCGAGUGCGAAUGCACGGAUGA